AUGUCAAACCAUGCGCAGUAUCGCCAGCUAGGAAAAUCGGGUCUUCGCGUCUCUGUACCGAUUCUCGGGGCCAUGUCGUUCGGGAGCGAGACCUGGAACUCUUGGGUGCUUCCGGAGGGCAAGGCUCUCCCGAUCAUCAAAGCCGCCUGGGACGCCGGUAUCAACACCAUAGACACCGCCAACAUGUACUCCAACGGGGUAUCUGAGGAGAUAAUUGCUACCUUCAUCCGUCAGAAUAAUAUACCAAGGAGCCGCGUAGUUCUCUUGACAAAAAUCAGUUUCGCUCCUUCUGAGAAUAUGGCCGACAACAGCGCAUUUACGCUUGGCUUCGCCGAAAAGCAGCGAUUCAUGAAUCAAGGGGGCCUGUCACGUACCGCAAUCUUCAACCAGACAGACGGUUGUCUCACCCGCCUGGCGACGGACUAUAUCGAUCUGCUCCAGAUUCACGCGUUCGAUGACAGCGUCCCGAUGGAGGAGACUAUGAAGGCCUUGCAUGACCUUGUAUCCUCUGGAAAAGUACGAUACCUCGGUGCCUGCAACCUCAAAGCAUGGCAACUGGGCGAGAUGAAUUACGUCGCCGAGCGCCACGGCUGGACUCAGUUCACCAGCAUUCAGAUCGAGCAUUCGCUCCUUCACCGCGUUCACGAGGUCGAGAUGUUCGCGUACUGCAUGUACAAAGGCAUCGGAAUCAUAGCUUAUUCGCCGCUCUAUGACGGUCAUCUCGCGCGUCCCCUUGGAACGGAUACCGCCCGCAGCGAGGCGUUCAAGGGCACUAUGUUUGCACGGCCACUUCGCGAAUCGGAUAAGGAGAUCAUUCAGAAAGCCGAGGAAAUCGCCAAGAAGCGUUCGUGGACGAUGUCUCAAGUGGCCCUGUCCUGGUUGACCACGAAGGUCACAAGCCCGAUCGUUGGGCUGAAUUCGAUCUCGCGUGUUGCAGAGAGCAUCGUCGAAGACAAAGUCCUGACCGAGGAAGAAGUGAAAUCGCUCGAGGCGUCAUACAAAUAUCGUCCUUCUCGCUUUUAA